CUGGCUCACACAUGUCAGAAGCUAGAGAGAGGCAGUUCUCGUUUUAAUACAUGAAGAAGGGAAGGAUUCCGCAGGAGACCACUUUUCCUGAAUAAAAAUGAAGAGUGCAGCCAAACCUUGGGGCACAGUAGCAAAGCAAGGGAGCCAUGGAACGGAUCGAGGACGCCCACUUCCUGCUGCUUCUUCUGGAAUGAAGACUUCCAAAUCUUCAACUUCACUUGCUUUCGAAUCUCGGCUCAGCAAGCUUAAACGAGCCAGCAGUGAUGACAUGCUUACCAAACCAGGGGUUACUACAGCCUCAGGGGUGGCUAGAAUAAAGAAAACUGCUACAACUGGAGCAAUCUCUGAGCUUGCUGAAGGUCGUCUGAAAAGCAACACAGGGACUGUUUCGUCAUCCAAACGUACUGGGAUUCCAGCUCCUCGGGAACUUUCGGCAACAAUCUCGAGAGAGAGAGCUGUGUUGCGUAGUUCUCCCAGCACAAGAAAAUCAGUCCCCAGCCCAACUUCUUCUGGUACACCCACCCCUACCAAACACCUAAAGAGCUCAGCCAAGCCCAAACAAGAGAAUGAAGCUGGAGACAAGGCAGUUCUGGAGUCCCAGAUUCGGGAACUCUUGGCAGAGGCCAAAACAAAAGAUUUUGAGAUUAGCAAACUCCAAAGCGAACUGCAGAAAUGCAAAGAAUUACCGACUGCAGACAUCUCUGGUGGGGCUUCGGAUCAAAAUGUAGAUGGGCUCGCUGGCCCCCUUGGCGUUAUGGACCCUUUAAUAAGAGCUCUUCAAGAAAAGAACAGGACUUUUCAAAAAGAACUUGCCAGUCUGGGGGAGGAAAACCGGGCCUUGAAAGAAAAACUGAUUUACCUAGAACAGUCACCGGUCUCGGAGACUACAACGAGCAAUUGCGGCGAGAGCAGCCUCCAGACCCCUACCACUCAAGAGUCCAGUUUUGGGAGUCCAACCAAGAGUCAGUUGCCAGGAGAAUCAGAUGAAUACCAGCAGCAUGUGAAUGGAAACUCACUGCAAACACCAGGUUCUUCAAGCAGUGACGUGACCAAGGCUUCUUUAUCUCCUGAUGCAUCAGAUUUUGAACAUAUUGUUGAGGCUCCUUCUAGGCCCGUAUCAUCCAGCAGCAACCCUUUCAAGAGCUCCAGAUGUUCCACCAGCGGAAGUUCCCCCAAUAACAUCAGUGAACUCUCCGUGGCUUCUCUUACUGAAAGGAUCCAGAAAAUGGAAGAAAAUCACCACAGCACCGCAGAAGAGCUGCAGGCCACUUUACAGGAGUUGUCAGAUCAACAGCAAAUGGUGCAGGAAUUGACCGCUGAAAAUGAGAAGUUAGUGGACGAGAAGGCUCUCUUGGAGACAUCCUUCCAUCAGCAGAGAGAGAGGGCAGAGCAGCUAAGUCAAGAAAAUGAAAAGCUGAUGAAUCUCUUACAAGAACGAUCAAAGAACGAGGAAGCCGGGUCUCAAGAUGAGAAAGUCCUUGAGCUGGAACACAAAUGUACGGAGAUCCUUGAAAAGGCCCAGUUUGAAAGGGAGAAGCUGCUCAACAUCCAACAGCAGUUGACCUGCAGCUUGCGGAAAGUAGAGGGGGAGAAUCAAGGUGCUUUAGAGAUGAUCAAGUGUCUGAAAGGGGAAAAUGAGCAGCUAAGUGGGUUUCUAGAAUUGGAAAGGCAGAACACCAGUCUGACAGUCAAGUCGUUGGAGGAGUGUAGAGUCGACUUGGAAGGGUUAAAGAUUGAGAACGGGUCUCUAAGAGCUCAGCUGGACAGCGAGAAACAGAAAGCGGCGGAGAUCAAUGCACUAGGAAAUUCAGCCGAUAGCUCUGAGGUCCAUGAGAUGUUGAGAGUGGCCCGGGCUGAGAAAGACCAACUAGAGCUGUCGUGCACUGAACUCAAGCAAGAACUCCUAAAGGCGAAAAGUGAAAUUAAACAAGUUCAAGGCCUAUUGACCAAGGUGGAGAAAGAGUGUAGUCAUUUAAGGGAACUCAGUGAUCGUCAGACUGAACAGCUGAGCAGAACCAGCCUGAAACUGCAGGAGAAAGCCUCAGAGAGCGAUGCCGAAAUCAAAGACAUGAAGGAAACCAUAUACGAAUUGGAAGACCAGGUGGAACAGCAUCGAGCAGUCAAGUUGCACAAUAACCAACUCAUUAGUGAACUUGAGAGUAGUGUGAUGAAACUAGAAGAACAAAAAUUGGACCUGGAGAGGCAGCUGAAGACCAUGAGUAAACAGAUAAAGGAAGAGACAGAAGAGUGGAGGCGUUUCCAAGCCGACCUGCAGACUGCCGUAGUGGUAGCCAAUGACAUCAAGUGUGAGGCUCAACAGGAGUUACGUACUGUGAAGCGGAAGUUACUUGAGGAAGAGGAGAAGAAUGCCAAGCUGCAAAGAGAGCUGGAGGAAGUUCAAGGCAGCAACAGGCCUGUGAAUGAAGAGGCGGAGUUUUCAGAGACGGAUGCCUCCAGCCGGUGGCAAGGGGUCUGUGUCAGCAGAGCAUCUCCAACUCCUUGCGAGUCAGCAGCCACUGUCAAGUCACUUAUCAAGUCCUUCGACUUGGCUGGCACCGGACAAAACAUUCCUGCUCACAAGGCCCCCAGGAGCCCCCUGAGCGGCAUUCCAGUCAGAACGGCCCCAGCCGCUGCCGUCUCCCCCAUGCAGCGGCAUUCCACGUACAGCAAUGCUAAACCAGCUAGCAAAGUGAUUGCCAAACUUGGGGCUCUUCCAGACCUCCCCCUCACAGACAUUCUAAAAGGAAGAAAUGAGGACCUGAAGCCAGACCAUUAUCUUCGUAAGAGUCCUUCACUCGAGUCCUUAAGCAGACCCGCUUCCCUGGGCUUCAGUAACACAAGGAUGCUGACACCCACACUGGGAGGUGUGAAACCCCAGAGCAAACUCAGUGUGGAAAGAAAGGAUCCGUUGGCUGCCCUGGCCAGAGAGUAUGGAGGCUCUAAGAGGAAUGCCUUACUGAAGUGGUGCCAGAAGAAAACUGAGGGCUAUCCGAACAUUGAUAUCACCAAUUUCAGCAGCAGCUGGAGCGACGGGCUGGCCUUCUGUGCCCUCCUUCACACCUAUUUGCCUGCACACAUUCCUUAUCAGGAGCUGAAUGGCCAGGAAAAAAAAAGAGAAAUCUGUUAUUGGCUUUCCAAGCAGCAGAAAGUGUGGGCAUCAAACCCAGUUUGGAGCUCAGUGAGAUGAUGUACACAGACCGGCCAGACUGGCAGAGUGUGAUGCAGUACGUGGCACAGAUCUACAAGUACUUUGAGACCUAAGAUGGAGAAGGAAGGAAGGAGGACAAGAGAACAAGACUGGAGCAUGCCACGGAAGCACUUGAUCACUUUAAAAAUACCCUCAGUCCUAUUCCCUCAGCCAGCAAAGGCUCUUAAUUUCAAAGCAAGGCUUUUUCACAAGUCUGAAUGACUUUACUAAAAUGGGACCAACAGCCAAAUAUAGAAACAUAUCUGGGAUUGUUAUAUGCACCCCAUAUUCAGUCCAAAAUAUAUUUCUACAUCCAGGUUGGAGAAGGUUUUCAGGUUCGUGAGAUGUGUGUAAAGUGUUGACCUCAUUCUCGAUAGCAAAGGUGUCUAGUAGAACUGAGCUUUAUUCUAGUAGAACAAGAGACUCUUCGUAGCCAGUAAUAUUCCACAGUAAACACUUUGCCACUCCAAAAUGUGGCCUUAUGUUGGCACUUGUACUGUGUGGUGGAGACUGUCAAAUGGCAGCUUAAUUGCAUCUGUUCUCAGCACAACAAAAUAAUACAUAUAUAUUCUGAUAUGCAACAGAAAAACAGUAACCUCCCCAGAAAUCCUGAGUGACAUAAGCACCGACUUCAGCUUGUGUUCUCACUUUUCUCACUCCCGACAAGUAAUAGAGAAAACUAUUCUCGCAUACGUACAGGAAAGAUGUCAUCCCUAUGAACUAAAUUUUCAAAUCUCAGCACAAGCCUGCCAUGCCAGAUAUGCUUCUAAAUGACCACACUUGCAUGUUCACCCGGAAAAAGGUGAGGAUUACAGAAUAGAUCUGGAACCCACUUUAAAGUGUGGGCCUUCAAAUAAGUCUUCUCAUAUUAUGCUGAAACACCCACUUGCUCAAAUCUGUGCACAAACCAACAGUCCUAACAUGCAAGCAUACAACCUGACAUGCUCACAGACUUGCUCCCCCAUUCAUACUGGAAUGGAAAAAGUGGAAUUCUUACCCGGACAAACACAGAUUCUCUUGUUCCCCUCCAUUUUCUCAUUUCUGCUCUGAACUUAACCAUUGCACAAACACAAGCUGACACGAAUGUCUGUGAGACACUGCGUAUGAAACUGUGUGUGUCUGUGUCUGUGUCUGCAAGCACAUGUGAACCCUUAAACUGAUGGUGAUAUUUCUUAGGAAGAUUGGCACUUUACAUCUCUUUCAUUUGCACCAUAAUCCUAAACAUCGUUUCACUUUGUUUACUGUUAGCUGGGUUAUACAGAAGAACAAAGCAGUGUGGUUAGUUUUUACUGUUGAACUGGAUCUUGUAAUGAAUUUAUUGGCAGAUAUGAUAUGUGUGUGAGAGACUCUUCUUGUUCCAAGAAACGUGAUGUGUUUUACAUUACCCAUUUCCCUUUAUGCUUCUGAACUAUUAUAUAUGUUGAUCAAAGA